GUUUCUGGCAGUCCAGCCAUCACAACAAAGUUAAAGGGAAUUUUGACGUCUGUUAAAAGUUGUCCAUAAAAUCCCUCUUAAAACCGGACUUUAAACUGGUAUUUAAUAUAGGUAUUGCUGUAAUGGGAAGCCAAUGAGUGUGUUUAACCCGUUGAUGUUGGGAAUUAAAAAGGAAUUGUCGCUAUAGCCGCAAAAAAGACAGAAAUAAGUCAGCCAUGGGUGAGGUGGAGCUGCAGAUGACAGACCUUAAUAAUGUCUCAUUGAAGCAGGAAUAUCCUGCCAAGGUCAUGAACGAAGUUUCCUUCCAAGGUGAGGAAGGUAAAAAAACGAAAGUCAAAGUGCCUAGAAGGGUCCUUCACUUCUCUGAUGGCACUAUGGAGGAGUACAGCACAGACGAUGAGGACGAGACUGAUAACAAGCCAGAUACUCUAGCAUUGGUUGAUCCAAAAAGUUUGAGUUGGGGCCCAUGGAUGUAUUACUGGAUGUAUUACACAGGAAGUAAAACAUUAUCAGCAUGUGAUUAUGUGGGUGAAGGCUUGGCACACUUCCUGGGUAUUACAUCACCAAAGUAUCAGUAUGAGAUCGAUGAGUAUAAGCGAUGUGAAGAGGAGGAGAAAGCAGAGAGGGAGGAAGAAGCAGCUGAGAUGGCUGGCUGGACAACUGCUGAGAACAUAGUGGCUGAUGGUGUUGAGCGAGGAGACACUGUGGUGUGCUCAGCCAUACGGCAACCACCCUCCCCAUCGCACGCCAAAAAUGAGAUUCUCUCCGUACCAGAAACCACACAUGAUACCUCAGACCAGGAAGACAAGGCCUCUCAGUCAAGAGAGAAAGAAGACUCCCAGCCACAAGAAACAGACGGAGUGUCGCGCUGGGAAAGGUUUUAAGACCUGCCCCUAGGUGAAGGCUUUGUUAUCAUCCAUGUGUCACAGGAAAAAGGUUCUAAGAUCUAUCUCAGAGGAAGGCUUCAUCACCACCCAUGUUAUACAUUGGCCCAAGAUGAAUUCUUUUUCUACAAAAUGCAUUUAGACUUCAUCAACAACACUAUAAUGUAUAAAUAGAUAAAAGUCUGUUUAGUGAUGCCACCAAUAAAUGCAGUUCACACCUAGCAUGUCUUACUGUCUGGUAAAUCAGAAUUUCCAUCAAAAUCUGCAAGAAAAUAGCAUUUUAAGAUAAGAAUUACAUAUUGUAUAUUUUAAGAAACAAUCAGCAAAGGCAGGAUAGAGUACCGAGAGGUAAUAUUAGUCCUUCUCACUGAGAUGUUCAUAAAUAUAAUAUAUAAUAGUACUCUAGUUUUGUAGUAAAAUGAGAUAUUACAGUUGUAAUGUGAUUUUCCAGAUCAUCUAUGUAACAGUUUUCGUGAAUUAGAACCUUUUUGCCAGUGAAAAUGAAAGCCAGUCCUCGUAGCAUUUUACAUAUAAAUAGUCUUUUAACAAGGACAUAGCAAGGUUAUAUUAAAAACAGAAAUAAUUUUAUAGUUUUUUCUCCUAAAUGGAAAAUCAUGGAAUAUACAUACGUUUCUCUAGUAUAUACCAGGAAUAAUACAGUCACACCUCAUCAAUCAAAAAUUAGUGGGACCAAAUGUUUUUUGUUUAAUUAAACUUUUUAUUAAUUACAGGAGUGGCAGCAGCAUUGUGGAACAUUAUUUAUUAUGCCCAUUAUGAUUAACUUGAGCUUUUAAUUAUAACCCUAUGCAAAUAAAUGAGGUGUGCUUCCACUUUAGUUUUCAUAUUUAACGUGUGUGUAUAUCCAUGCAAUAAAAAGUGAGAAAUGCCAUUUUGAAUUCCAGUACUGUACACUAUAUUGUAUUUUUUUGUAAUUUUUUUUUACAGUAUUAUUAUUAUAAGGUUAUAUUUUGAUUUAGUCCAGUUAUCUGAUACCUUCUAUUUUGCAGGAGUGCAUACAUAUUUUGUCCAGUUACAUGCAGGAGUGCAUACAUAUUUUGUCCAGUUACAUGCAGGAGUGCAUACAUAUUUUGUCCAGUUACAUGCAGGAGUGCAUACAUAUUUUGUCAGUUACAUGCAGGAGUGCAUACAUAUUUUGUCCAGUUACAUGCAGGAGUGCAUACAUAUUUUGUCCAGUUACAUGCAGGAGUGCAUACAUAUUUUGUCCAGUUACAUGCAGAAAUGCAUACAUAUUUUGUCCACAGUUACCCACAGGGAGUGCAUGCACACUUUAUCCAGUUAUAUGCAGGGUUGUAUACACAUUGUUUAAUUAUCUGCAGGAGUGUGUACACAUUUUAUCCAGUCACUCUGUGUUUACUCCAGCUCCAUUUUAUAACACACCAAUCUUAAGAUUUUCCUACUUGUCUUCACAGUGAUGUUCUAUGGUGUUCUUUAUACUAUUAUGAUGUUGUAUGCCUACUGUAUGUAGUCAAGUGUGGUACAGUAUCACAUUGACAGACUCAGCAUUUUAAAUUGUGCCUUAAAUCCUUAUACUAUUCACAAAUUUUCAGUUAAAUAUAAAAUAUGUAUUACAGUGGUACCCCGAGUUUCGUACAUAAUUCGUUCCAGAAGGCUGUUCGUAUGCCGUUAGCGAACAAAUUUGUUCCCAUAAGGAAUAAUGUAAAUUAGAUUAGUCCACUUCAGACCCCCAAAAAUAUACUUACAAGAGCACUUACAAUAAUACACUCACAUAAUUGUUCGAGUUGGGAGCUGUACGAAACUCGGGGUACCACUGUACUUGUAUGUAGAUCAAAAUAACUCAGUACAAUAUAUUUAAGGUAAAAUUUUAAUACAGUGAUAGUCUCAUUUCACAAUGUUUUAGUUUGUUCUGAAAUAGCACAAGUACUAUUAAUGAAUAACUAAAUGCAGGUGGGUCACAUGUAUAUGUGCAUGAGUGCACAUGUGUAUGUGUGUGUAUCAAAUAUUAUCUCAGUACAUAGCAGGAUUCAAACCUGCAUACACUGUGUCACAGUACAUAGUACUUUCACCAUUCAAAGUACUGCCUACUUUGAUACAGUGUGCAGGUUUGUAUCCUGCUGUGAACUGAGACAUAAUGUGUGUUAAAAGUUCACCCAUUUGCGAAUUAUUAAGGAUGUGUGCAUGUGUAUGUGGACAUACGUGUGUAUAUAAAAGUGAGUGAGUGGAAAAGAGUAUAUACAAAUAAGGAUAUGUUAUUAUUUUAUCUCUUCUACAUAGGGGAUUUAUAUUGUGAAUUAGUCUCAUGUAUAUUAAAAUACACUAGAAAAGUUGGAUGACAACUCUACGAAUGUACUACACACCAAAGGAUUUGUGAAAUUGUUAUCAGUACAAUAUAUACGGAUAUAUAUAUAUUUUUUUUUUCAACAAACCGGCCAUAUACCACUGAGGCAGGGUGGCCCAAAAAGAAAAACAUACAGGAGAAGGGGUUACUAGCCCCUUGCUCCUGAUGUACGUAUAUAUAUAUAUAUACAGUGGACCCCCGGUUUACGAUAUUAUUUCAUUCCAGAAUUAUGUUCAGGUGCCAUUACUUAAUGAAUUUGUUCCCAUAAGGAAUAUUGUGAAUUAGAUUAGUCCAUUUCAGACCCCCAAACAUACACAUACAAACGCACUUACAUAAUUGGUCGCAUUGGGAGCUGAUCGUAAACUGGGGGUCCACUGUAUAUAUAUAAAUGCUGUAUUGUAUAUUUUACAACCCUCAAGUGCAUGUACUGAGAUUUGAAUUUCUCUUAGAUAUGACACCAGGUUGAGUACCAUAAUAUCUUGGUAUGUGCAUUCAGGGUUGUGAGAAUUGCUUGUGAUUCUGGUACCAGUCAAGUUUACAUAACUGAAGGUAAGAGAGAGACAUACAGACAGUCAGACAGAGACAUACAGACAGUCAGACAGAGACACACAGUGUGUGUAUACAUAUACAUAUUUUUUUUUUUAACUCCCAGGCCGUCUCCCACCAAGGCAGGGUGACCCAAAACAAUAAAGCUUUCACUAUCAUUCACACUAUCACUGUCUUUGCAGUGAUAGUGUGAAUGAUAGUAUACACACAUAUACACAUACAUACAUAUAUCCAGCAGGCUUGUAUGAACAUUCAAGACAAAUGGUUUAUAAUGAACAUACUGUCGGAGUAUAAGGUAACCUUCAUGAAGGGCUUCAGGAAAUCUAGUUAGCCAGGCUUGAAUCUGGGAAGUGGGAAGGUAGUGCCUGCACUCUGAAGGAGGGAUUAGGAUGUUGCAGGCAGAGGGAUAAUAUGCUUACAUACAUAUAUACAUUCAUACAUAUGCAUACACAUACAUACAUACAAAUAUACACUGUAUAUGUUUUGUUAUUACUCAGUGAAAUUCAGUCUGAACCUCACAAAAUUAAUAGAAAGCUGUAUUUCAUUGAUGUUAAAUAAUGCUAAGUUGGGUAAGAUUAAGCUAUAAUGUAUACUGAAAAUUUUUAUGAAAGUUAGGUAUGUUAAUUCAGUUAAAAUCUAAAAAUUGGCAUACCAUGUUAAAUUAUAGAAAUCUAUCAAGCCAUAAGAAAAAAUCAGAAAAAAUAAAUUUUGGCUUUUGUAUUUGAUUGCUCUAGAUAAUAAAGCACAACAUAUACAGUAUGUACUGUGUACAAUAUAUACUGUACCUGCUAGAAAGAGGCAGAAGUAUUAAAAAUAUAUACUACAUACUGUAAUGUAAGUUUUGUGGUGAAUAAAUAAUAUAAAAUUA